AUGGCGGUACUUUUUCGGCUUCUUAGCUUGCCAAUGCUAACUCUUGCCGCAGCCAUCCAAUGGCUUCUGGCUCUGAUCUUGGCCCCCGACCGGGUGGACUCGUACAGCCACCUGUGGUUCAUGGCGUCAAUCUUGCUUCUCAACUACUCUUUCGGCAUCGUGUUUUGGUUACUUCUCUAUCCGCUCCUGUUCAACCCCCUGCGUCAUCUUCCUGGUCCCAGGGAUAUAGUUAGCGUGGUUGCACGCUCCCUCGUUGUCAAAGACAGGCCCUCUGGAGACAUAUUCCUAGACCUGGUUCAGAAAUAUCCGAGACAAGGUCUCAUAGGCCUCGGUUUCCUCCGUCGCACGGUACUGGUCGUCGAUCCUCGUCUGUUUGCCGACUUGCUCGUCCACAACUGUUAUGACUUCACCAAGCCCAGAAAGAUUGGCGCGUUCCUGCGUCUCAUCCUCGGAGAUGGCCUCGUCACCGUCGAGGGAAACGAGCAUAAGUUUCUCCGCAAAAACAUCAUGCCUGCUUUUCACUUCAGGCACAUCAACGAUUUGUACCCCAUGAUGUGGACCAAGGCCGGGAUUCUGACAAAUGCCCUUGAGCGAGAGAUUGAGAACGAGAAGACAGAGAAUCCGACUGGUUUGCCUGUUGUUGAGAUUAAUACGUGGGCCAACAAAGUCACACUCGACAUCAUCGGCAUUGCCGGCAUGGGCCGAAAGUUGAACGUGGUUGAGAGGGGAAGCGAUCCCUUGCAGGACAUCUACAUGGCACUUCUGGAGCCGACGCGAGAAAAGCUGAUUUAUGGCAUGCUCUCCUUUACCCUUGGCCAUCCCAUCGUGAGAAUGCUGCCAUGGAAGAUGAACAAGCUCUUCUAUCAGCUCACGACAUCUUUGAACGCAAUCUACGCGGACAUGAUUCAAGACAAGCGGGCGGCAAUUUCCGAAAAGGCAGACGACCAUUUCGACAUUCUGUCACUUCUGAUCAAAUCCAAUAAUUUCUCAGACGAGGUCAUCAAGGAUCAACUACUGACAAUGCUGGCGGCAGGACACGAGACCACCGCAUCGGCAUUUACAUGGGCGUCCUAUCUCCUCGCCAAACACCCACAGGCCCAGGUCACCCUCCGAGACGAAAUCAGCAACGCCUUGCCGGCAGAUUCCCUGACCAACCCGCCAGCCGACCUCGCAAGCAUCCUGAGGCAGCUGCCCUACCUCAACGGCAUCAUCCACGAGACCGUCCGCCUCUACCCGACAGUGCCUAUCACGCGGCGCGAAGCCAUCCGCGACACGCAGGUCGGCAGCCAGUUCAUCCCCAAGGGAACCGACAUGGUCCUCUCCAUCUGGACGACGAACCGCUCGCCGGAGCUAUGGGGCGCCGACGCGCAGGACUUCCGGCCGGAGCGGUGGAUCACGGACGGGCGGCCGAACCAGGACGGCGGCGCGCGGAGCAACUACCACUUCCUGACGUUCUUGCACGGGCCGAGGAGCUGUAUAGGGCAGGAAUUUGCCAAGGCCGAAUUGCGGUGCCUGCUGGCGGCGCUGGUCAUGUCCUUCUCGUGGGAGCUGGCGAUGGACGAGGCCAAAGUCUUGCCGAGAGGGGUGAUCACCAUCAAGCCGGAGCAUGGGAUGUAUCUGAAGCUCACCCCUCUGAAUGCGAAGCAGGACGAGGUAGGCGAUGUCGGUGUUUCCGCUUGA